AGCUACAACGAGCGGGUAGAGUUUACGCGCGGAUCUACAAAUUAUAAAGCUUACUCAAAACCAAUACCCCAGCGUGUGAGCGAGAAACUAUUGGGCUAGUUUUUCCACUUGGUAUCAUUCAGAAGGCAGUCAGAGGAACUGCUUGCGGUCCUGCAUUAAGUUCAUGAACUAAACGGUACUUCAGGCAUGUCACAAGUUCGCGCUGUAAAGGGCCUUGUUGCAUUAAUCACCGGUGGAGCGUCAGGUCUAGGCAGAGCAACGGCUGCCCGUCUCGUUCGAAAUGGAGCUAAAGUGGCUAUUUUUGAUCUGCCAACUUCGAAAGGAGACGACGUAGCCAAAGAACUCGGCCCAGCAAGCUGCAUCUUUACGCCUGGAAGUGUGGUCUCGGAAGAAGAUGUUAAGGCCGCUCUGGAACAGGUGAAAAGUAAAUUUAGCAAACUCGAUGCAACAGUCAACUGCGCCGGUGUAGGUGUAGCCUUCAAGAUCUACAACUUCAAUAAAGACCUGGCCCAUGAUCUCUCCGAUUUCAAGCGGGUAGUCGAAGUGAAUACCGUCGGUACUUUCAACGUUUGUCGUUUAGCUGUCGGCCUGAUGGGCAAAAACAUCCCAGAUGCAGAUGGUCAACGAGGCGUGAUUGUUAACACCGCAUCAAUUGCUGCCUUCGAAGGCCAAAUUGGACAGGUGGCGUAUUCCGCAUCGAAGGGUGCCAUCGUCGGAAUGACAGUACCAAUGGCGAGAGAUCUGUGCAAUCAGGGUAUCCGCGUGUGUACCGUAGCUCCGGGUUUGUUUAACACACCCCUUUUAAACAACCUCCCAGAUAAGGUGAAGAACUUCUUAGCUGAGACAAUCCCGUUCCCGAAGCGUUUGGGAGAUCCCGAUGAGCUGGCUCACAUAGUUCAAACGAUCAUUGAAAAUCCGCUUAUGAAUGGGGAAAUUAUCCGCGUCGAUGGCUGCCUUCGAAUGGUUUGCUAGGCAGACAAAGCAAAACAUGCUAUGAGGUGGAAGGGAACAAUAACAUAGAACUCAAGGGUUCUGUAAGAAGCUGAAAAUUGUAGAAUGGUAUUAGUUCCAUAGAUACAUAUUGAAGAAUUAUCAAUAAAAAUUUCCGGGAUACAAAAGAUAAGUAGUGAUGGAAAAAAUAGUCAAAAGUAUAGUUACAGAUGUAAUCGCCACAUCAUAAAGGAGACUUAAGAUGUUGUUUCACUUACGCAGGUUCAACAAUAGCAACACAAUAAGAUAUACUUAAGGGAUAGGGCAUUCAACUAAAUCAAUAUAUGUAUCCCUGAGGUAUUGCCAUAUACACAAAUAGCGUACAUAAUUUCGCGUAUAGAGUAUGAGGGUAUGUCAGUUUCUACUAUUUUUACAGUGUUCAUGUACAAUGUACUGUGAAAUAAAUACGUUUUUAUACAA